AUGACAAAUAACACUGAAAGAGUUCUUGGUAAAGGAGGCUUUGGGAUGGUCUACCAUGGUUAUAUAAAUGGUACCGAAGAAGUAGCUGUUAAGGUAGAACUUCUUCUAAGGGUUUACCACACAAAUCUGGUAAGCCUUGUUGGAUACUGUGAUGAAAAAGACCACUUGGCUCUCAUCUACCAGUACAUGGCCAAUGGUGAUUUGAAACAACAUUUGUCAGGUAAACAUUUAUACUCCUUCAUGAGCUGGAUAGAUAGACUAAACAUAGCUAUUGAUGCCGCACUAGGGUUGGAGUACUUACAUAUUGGCUGCAAACCGUUAAUAGUUCAUAGAGAUGUAAAAAGUUCCAACAUACUAUUGGACGAUCAUUUCCAAGCAAAGCUUGCAGAUUUUGGACUUUCUAGAUCUUUCCCCGUUGGAGAUGAAACUCAUGUCUCUACACUUGUAGCGGGCACACCUGGAUAUCUUGAUCAUGAAUAUUACCAAACAAAUAGGUUGUCUGAGAAGAGUGAUGUCUUCAGUUUUGGUGUUGUACUAUUAGAAAUUAUAACAAACAAACCGGUGAUCGAUCAAACCCGAGAAAAGCCUCACAUAGCUGAAUGGGUCAAGGUUAUGCUUACUAGAGGAGACAUUACCAAUGUUAUGGAUCCUAAACUUCAAGGGGUGUAUGACUUGGGUUCUGCAUGGAAAGCUCUUGAAUUAGCAAUGACAUGUGUGACUCCUUCCUCUUUAGAAAGACCCAACAUGUCACAUGUAGUUCAUGAGCUAAAGGAGUGUCUGAUAUCUGAAAACAAGAGGACAAGAGACAUAGUCACGACAAGAUCCCUCGACAUUAACUUGAGCUUUGGUACUGAAGUGAGCCCCAAGGCACGUUAG